AGACGCCGGGCGACGUGCAACAUCUCGUUCUUGUCUAGUCCGUGCUAUCCUCAUUGCUGUAAUGAUAACGGCCUUGUUUGGUGUUGGAGCUUGUUUGGCUGCGAACUUCAUUGUCAUACCGGACAACAAAGCAGACGUCUACCCGACUACAGCAUACGCAACGUCGUCUGCAGCCGAGUCGUUUCCAGUCACGGACAUCUCUCGACCAUCAGAGAUGACAACUGUGCUGUGGGAUGUCACCCCUGUGCUGUCAGGGGUCAAGGACAUGCUGCCACAUGUAACGACGCCGAAGCCAGAUGUGACAGCUUUACCGCCAGCUUUGACAACUGUGCAUGUGCAGUCUGCUGUCACAUCUAGGCUGUCAUGUGUCACAACAGUGUCAUGGCAGUUUACAACUGCGCAGCCAGAUGUGACAACUGUGAAGCCAGAUGUGGCAACUGUGCAGCUAGAUGUGACAACUUCACUGCCACAUAUGACAGCUGUGCAACCAGGUGUGGCAACUUCACUGCCAGAUGUGACAACUACACUGACACAUGUGACAGCUGUGCAACCAGAUGUCACAACUACACUGCCACAUGUGACAACUCUGCAGCCAGAUGCGCAUGUGACAACCUCACUGCCUGAGAUGACAACCGAACAUGUAAAGCCUUUCAUACACCAUACCACAGAGAUGAAACUGAGCAAGAUGGAGGCGAUUACAAGGCAGGAAAUAACAGCGGCAAUGAAAGAAACCGCCUGCGAGGACCACACCUUGCGGCUGUCCUGUCCACCUGGGCAAUCGCUUGUGAUAGAUGACGCCAACUAUGGCCGUACGUCCCGCUCCGUGUGCCCCUGUACAGGCGACUGUGGGAAAACUUACUGUCGAGCAGCGAAGAGUCUGUCUAUCGUAUGGAGCAACUGUCAGGGCUUAGAGCAGUGCAACCUGGAAAGUAAUCGUCUCUUUGGUGACCCCUGUAGCGGUGUACAGGUUACCUACCGCUGUUCCACAGCCUGCAGUAAACCCUUUGGGAUGAUGUCAGGAGCAAUCCCUGAUGACAGCAUCACCGCAUCCUCACACAUGGGCCCUGAUCACGAGCCUUACCGCGGGAGAUUGAACGGAGAAGCUGGAGCGGCCUGGACCGCAAAAACUAACAACGUCGGGGAAUGGAUGCAGAUUGACUUGGGUGGCAAGGAGCGCGUUACUGGGACCAUCAUUGAGCGCAUGCGCAACUACGUAUACCACAAUGGUGGCCGCGGGGUGACCUCCUACAAACUACGGUACAGUACAGAGGGGACUAACUGGAAACCGUAUGCUGACACAGAUGGCUCAGAAAAGGUCUUUCCAGGCAAUGCCGACACGAACACCCCUGUGACCAAUCUGUUGGACUACCCCAUUGAUGCCCGUUUUGUGCGUUUCGUGGUUCAGUCGUGGCAAGGCAGCAUCAGCAUGAGGGCGGAGGUUCUGGGCUGCAGUGAAAGUAAGUUUCUGUCAUACCUUUCAUGGUACAGGAUGCCACAGUUUAACCUGCCCAUUGAUAAUGCCAUUUAAGUACAAUAAAACAAGGUUGAAUAAAGCUAUCAACCCCAGUUCCAAUCACAAAGUUUAACAUUCUUCUCCAACAAGAAGUCGCAAGAGUCCUCUUCAUAACUAUUAAAAGAAAACAGGGAUUCCGGUUCUAUUUUUAUUUCGCUUAUUUCCACAGA